UCGCUGGCCCCGAGUUUCUUCAGUACCCCACUAGUGGCUCUCCCGGUAACUUCUCUGCUGAGAGACUAGUUAGUUCUACUAUUGUAGCGUAGGAUCUAUCGUACUACAACAGUAGAACAUUUUCGAACUAGUGGUAGUGGUUUGAAGGCACGACGGCGGCCUUUACUGAUUAUUCGUGUGAUUGGGGUGAAAAUAUCGGCGCGCUGGAGGACAGUCGGUACGGAGCUGGCGUUUCGCCAUGCCCACAGACAAAUAUGGAGUCCCCACAGCUGUAUGACAGUGCAGACUACAACAAGAAGAGCAUCGUUAGUGCCGUCAAGGUCAAAAACGGCAACCUCUUGUACUCGAACGACGACUACAGCGACCUGGCAGAGCUGAGCGCGCCGGAAAUCUCGCUCGACCUACACAAUCUCAUCGACGACUCGCAGUUCAACGAAGGCCUUAUCCAGGACAUACAGGGAUUGAGCGUGGACAAGAACAGCGCCCCUCGAGGCCUCAGCGUCAACAGCAUGUACAACCCCCUAGCCUACCUACCCCAACCCGUCCACGGUGCUACCCAAUUCGACCGUCAAUACCCAGACCGGAGUCAAAUGGACAGGCGGGUGAUCAAAGAGGAACCACACGAAUCGCAACAGGAUCUCACGCCGCACGAAUACAGCGCCUGUGCCCGGGUAGGAGGUGCCAGUGGGUAUGGUGCCCAUUACACUGGUGUGCCUGCCUACUCCAAUAUGACCCCCACCACAGUGCCUGGCGCCGACGGACUCUGCAGAUCACCGCUCAAGUCCCCCAGCGGAGGCAAAAUGAUGCCAGGGUGUAAGAAGAACGUUGACAAGGGCAGUGACGAGUACAAGCGACGACGAGAGAGGAAUAACAUCGCUGUCAGGAAGAGUCGUGAGAAGGCGAAGGCCAGGAGCCGAGAAACAGAGGAACGAGUUAAGAAGCUGGUCAUGGAUAACGACAGACUGCAUAAAAAAUGCGAACUCCUGAGUAAGGAAGUAGCAGUGUUCCAUUCUAUGUUCGCCAACGUCCACUGCUUGCCCGAGCACGUCCAGAGAGAGCUCCGCAAACAGAUGGAAGCUUUCAGCCAACAGCAUCAGCAUCUUGUGAAUAUGUGAUGCUGGCAGGUCCACGCCCACGACCUUCCAUCUUGCGACAGCUCUGAUCCUGAGGGCGACUGCUCUCCUCGCUACACCAGUCUCUAGGGUGUAUGCGCAUGUGUGGACACCGUUUAAAAGCCGCAGCGCUGGCGUGGGCGGCAAACGGAAUAUCCCACAGGGGUGUGGACAUGCCCUUAGGGUGGAGCAGUAGCAUAAUUGGGAGAAACAUGGGAGUGGGAGUGACCACUAGUCACUAAUCCCGUCCGCUAUUGUUCGGUCAAGUCAGUUGGGUGAUCCCAAUCCUGUAAGAUCCAACUCUUCAGCGGAGCCGUUCGCCACGGCAGAUAUAUAUAUAUAUAUAUAUAUCAGGGGCAUGCUGCCUGUACGCUCUUUCUCGGCCCCGAAGCUGUCUCUCUCGGCCCGAAAAUGUAUAUAUUUAUCUACUAGUUAGAACCUAAGUUAUAUGGACAGAGAGACGGUGGACGGUUGAGAGGGGGGACAGGUAGGCCCCAAAACUUGUGAUAAAAUGGCCCGGGAAGCCUAAUCUUCAUUCAGACUGUCCCGUUGUAACUGUGUGAGAGACUGGAGUGUGGAUGACAGACUGAAAGGUUUGACUUAAAAAUAUAUUUUAACGAAUAAAAUCAAAUUUUUGUAUGUUUUAUUAAGUAUAAAUAAAUAAAAAAUGUUAAUAAAAGUAUAUGAUAUCAAUUACACCCGCACAUUUCUCAUAAUAAAACAAAGAAUAACAUACAAGCCAGGAGAUAUAUAUAUAUAUAUAUAUAUAUAUAUAUAUAUAUAUAUAUAUAUAUAUAUAUAUAUUUAGCAAAAAAAUAUAAUAUAUAUAGUUUGAGAAUAUCACUAUAGACAAAGACUAGUUCUUAAGAAUGGCUUAGUCUUCUGUACCUACAAAUUAUUUUCAAGUACAAAAUGUCAAAAUACAGAAUUGCGACCAGUUCAAACAAAAAAAAAAAAACAAUAUUGAAGACUGCCAAUAAUUUAGCUGGCUAGCAGUAGAGGUUGAUAUUUAAACUGAUAGACAAAUGAUGGAUAGACUACUGAUAGACUAUUGAUAGCUAGUUAGACUACUAACAGGGAAGUGAAGGCUGGUUGAACAUGAUACAGUUUUUACAAUUUAAUUUUGUAAAUUUACAUCGACAAGUGCUGUUAUAAAGGAAUUUUAUUGCUCACUUAAAACCUAUGUGUGUAAUAUAUAUAUAUAUAUAUAUAUAUAUAUAUAUAUAUAUAUAUAUAUAUAUAUAUAUAUAUAUAUAUAUAUAUAUAUAUAUAUAUAUAUAUAUAUAUCGUGUGCUCAGAAUAUUAAUAUCAAAUUGAGCUUAUAAAAAGCCUAGCACCAUUUAGGCUUGUAGGAUCAGUGCAGUUAUAUUCAGGCUUUCCACUGAAAAUGUGAAUUUAGACUUGACAAAAACAUUGGCGAUAGCACCGCACUGUCAAAGUGUACCAUUGAACACUACUGUCAAAAGUGUACCCUGAACACUGCUGUCAAAAGUGUACCCUGAACACUGCUGUCAAAAGUGUACCCUGAACACUGCUGUCAAAAGUGUACCCUGAACACUGCUGUCAAAAGUGUACCCUGAACACUGCUGUCAAAAGUGUACCCUGAACACUGCUGUCAAAAGUGUACCCUGAACACUGCUGUCAAAUGUGCCCCUGGAACACGGCCGUCAAACAUGUGAUAGUGUAUACGCGUAAUAGCACAUCAGAACACAGUAACUACGACAUUUCCUCAUACAUCAUCUGUGGCCAAACUGAUUUAACAAGAAAAAAAUAGUGAACGCUGUUAAAACUGCGCUGUUAACCCUGGAUUUGUAUACAUUUACAAGUACAUUUACAUUUACAAACAAGUGCCACUGUCAUAUAGGGUGAAGGGUGACAUAAACAGUGCCACUCAGCUGAUUUCUAGAGUGCUAACUAGCGUCAGUAUAACUAAACUGAAGUCAUUGUAACGUAACUGAAGUCAGUGUAACGUAACUCGCUCACCAAUGGUAAUUUUUUUUUCUAGUUUUGCAUAAUUUAUCAGUUGGUUUUUAGUGUAUUGGUGAGCGAGGAUUGACUGGGCCAGUUUCUCAGUCUGCAUCUGAUUCUUCGUUUAUCAACUUCACUGAAAUGAAAUUGUAUCGAUUUUUUUUAUGGUGCUUCAGUUGGCUUAAUCACUUUGGAUGGUUUUUUUAUUAUUAUUUGACGAAAACAUUUGUGCUUUGGAUGUUCUGUUGUGCAUAGUUCUGUUGUCUGUUAACGUACCCAUUCGUAGUGUACAGGCCAUCCUGUUGUUGUUAAAGAUUCGCUACCUAGAACAAAGUUCCAAGUAGCACGGGCUAUGGUGAGCCCGUAGUGGACUUAAGGUGCGUGGCAGCCACCUCUGGUAUUCACUUGUCAGUGUUAUAAGCCUUUUUCGUGAACUAUAAGACUUUAUUACUAUUGAUACUGUAUGAGAUUAUUUGUUCAGUCUCUGAUAUGUGUGUGUGUAUCCCCUGGGCAGUCCAGGAACGGUGGUUCAAACCCACACCAUAACCCCAAUAUUUUUUUUUAAAUCAUAGAUCAUGUUCUCGUGAUUUCAUUGCCUUUAGUACUGUAAUUUAAGUCUUCAUCUAGUUCCCUGAAUUUUGUAUUUAUACUGUGGAAAUUAAUGGUACAUCUGUAACAUAUUCUCGUCAAUCUCAAAUACAGGAGGAGGCUGCAGGGUCUGUUUUAAAACCCAGCAGGAUUCUCUGAUCUCCCACGAGACCUGUAUUGUGCUGUAUUUAUGUAAUGGUGUGCAUCAGUGGAGCUCAGAUUGUCUUGAAGACUGCAGCUAAUGUGUAUCAUUCUUAAAGAUCCUGUCCAUUCCAUAUCAGUGUAAUUAUUCCAUAUUCAAAUGUUUUGUAAAUAUGACAAAAAAUUAUGUUUAUGUAUGUUUUUCAUUGCUGUAUGUUAAAAGAUAGUUAUGGUGUGUCGAGACAGAUAUUUUUAAGUAUGGAACAAGACAGUUGUUUACACUAUGUAGAACCCUCACGGCUAGUUCUGAUGAGGAGGUAUAGAUAGGCCUAUAGUCCCAUCAUUCCAGCAGUCCUGAGCCUACUAGCUAGCUGCCCCCUCUUCCUCAAAGCUAGCUAGUUGCAAUUCAGGACUGUUAUGUUAGUUCUACAAAAACUAUUCUGUGAAAAUCUCUCUCUCUAACUUGAAAUUUAAUUGACAGUUUCCAGCUAAUUUAUGUAAAUCCCACCACCUUAAAUAUAAAUUAUUUUACAAACUG